AUGGUGACUAGUAUUAGAUCUGGCGUAUUGACGCUGUUGCACACGGCGUGCGGUGCUGGAAUUUUGGCCAUGCCGUAUGCCUUCAAGCCGUUUGGGCUAGUGCCCGGAGUGGUGAUGAUUGUGAUUUGUGGGGCGUGUGCCAUGCAGAGUCUGUUCAUACAAGCCCGUGUAGCCAGGUACGUAGCGCCCGGGAAGGCUUCCUUUAGUGCGUUGACUCGGCUGAUCAACCCAAGCUUGAGCAUUGUGUUUGAUUUGGCAAUCGCGGUCAAAUGUUUUGGGGUUGGGGUUUCGUACAUGAUUGUGGUUGGGGACUUGAUGCCCCAGAUCAUGUCCACGUGGACCGGGAAUGCGUGGCUGCUGAGUAGGAACGUGCAAAUAUCGCUGAUCAUGCUUUUCUUCGUGGCUCCGCUGUCGUUUUUGAAGAAAUUGAACUCGCUGAGGUACGCCUCGAUGGUGGCCAUCUCCUCUGUUGCGUACCUGUGUGUCUUGGUGCUGGUGCACUAUGUGGCUCCCUCGAACGAGAUCUUAAAGUUGAAAGGCCGGGUCUCGUACUUCUUCCCACGUCAAUCGCACGACUUGAACAUGCUGAACACUCUACCCAUUUUCGUCUUCGCCUACACAUGCCACCACAACAUGUUCUCGAUAAUCAAUGAGCAGAAGUCGGUCCGGUUCGAGCAUGUGAUGAAGAUCCCGCUUAUUUCUAUCUCUUUGGCCCUCGCCUUGUAUAUCGCCAUCGGUUGCGCCGGCUAUCUAACGUUUGGUGACAACAUCAUCGGAAACAUCAUCAUGCUUUACCCACAAAGUGUCUCGAGUACCGUUGGCAGAAUAGCGAUCGUGCUGCUUGUGAUGCUGGCCUUCCCGCUACAGUGCCAUCCAGCGAGAGCCUCCAUCCACCAGAUUUUACAAUACUUUACAGAGGAGAAUGCUACUACAAGUACUACAUCGGUGGCUGGCCCCACUGGUCUCGCUGGCCCCAACGAAAGCUCCCCGUUGAUCCUUAACAAUAGCCUGGACAUCAACGAGGUCAUCGAAGAAGAGCCGAUUUACCAACCCAAGGACACUCCUUUGAGGGGCAAGAGCUUUAUCAUCAUAACGUGUGGUAUCCUGGUUGCGUCGUACUGCGUCGCAAUCUCAGUAUCAUCGUUGGCCCAUGUGCUAGCCAUCGUGGGUGCCACUGGUUCAACCUCUAUCUCAUUUAUUUUGCCGGGGCUAUUUGGCUACAAGCUAAUAGGAACAGAGCACAAGGCGGAUAUGCCCCUCCCAACGAGACUUUUCAAGUAUUCCGGCCUUGCCCUCUUUAUUUUGGGGCUACUAAUCAUGGUUACCUGCCUGACGGCAGCUCUUAAACUAAACUAG